CACGCUCUCAAGUUUCAAUUCCACCGUUCAACCUAUGCAUUGGAGUGACUGUAUUGUAAGAGAUUGUAAGCACUGUGUUAUUCCUCGGCUAUAAACAAAUCUAUAUAUGUACCUACGUGAAAGCAGUCAGUAGCAAAUAUUAAAGAAGUACCUCUAUUGGUUUCUAGUUUGCUAAUAAGUAUCUAGUCGUUAGUGUUUUUCAUAAUACAUAUGAUAGUUUGGUUACAUUUUUUAUUGGUCAACUGUCGUGAUAAACUGUGAUAAAUAUCUAUCCAAUAGUGGAACAAACUAAUUCUUUGCCAGAAAGCACUCCUAGGGCAAUGUCAACUAAUCAUCCCCAAACCAGAGAAAGUCCGGGGACUUUCACUAGCAACUUCAAAUUUAUUUACGAUAUUCCGCUGAUGGAGAGGAAACGCUUGGCAAACCUUCUAGACCAGGAUGCUAAAUGGGUCGGAUUGGCGCUGCGACAAAUGGGCUACAGUGCAGACGAUGUUGAGAGCAUUAGACGGUGUUGCUGCCAAACAGGCCAAUCCGCUGCCGAUCAGCUGCUUGUAAAAUGGGGCAAUUUGAACCACACGAUUGUGGAACUGUUUGUUGUCCUCUGCAGAGAAAGCAUCUUACCUGCCAUGGAGGUAAUUAAACGGUUCGUAGAACCAAAGUAUCACAUCCUAAUGAAGAAACCCGUUGCGAGCGAUUCGUGCAAAGUGAUGAACGGCCCUCCAGCGACAAACGGAAAUCCAAUUCAGGAAUGCACGACCGAUGGAAACUCGGAGAGUGCCCAACAGAAGGCCGAUUUCGCACAAAAGGUGUCACCGCCUGCUGCACCGGCCAUUAUGGUAGUUAACGCACCCCCAGUUCCUGCGGCAGCACCAGUACCAUUCCCCGGACUUCUUCACCCCGGCAUCAGACGUUCCCCGUCGGAUCAAAUCGCGGCCGCAGUGGGCGGGUUGCCGCAGUUUAGCGGCGAUGAACUGCGGGAAGCGACCAAGAAUUGGCACACUAGCAACGAACUAGGCAAAGGGGGCUUCGGUGUAGUUUACAAAGGCUAUUUUAAGCAAACUUAUGUGGCGAUCAAGAAAAUCAAAGGCAUCACUACGGAAUCGGCGCGGACUGAACUGCGGCAGAGUCUCAACGAGUUGAAGUACUUGAACGCAUGUCGACACGACAAUGUUGUCUCGCUGUUAGGAUACAGUUUGGAUUAUGGUGAGCCUUGUCUAGUGUACCAAUAUAUGCCCGGUGGAUCGUUGGAUGUGAAAUUGUUCCCCAAAAGCAGCGCUAUUCCGGUGUUGACGAUCGAAGAUCGCAUCAAGGUAGCAAAAGGCACCGCCAGGGGUCUCCAAUACCUCCACACAUUUGCGCAGAAACCGGUAAUCCACGGAGACAUCAAACCAGGCAAUAUUCUGCUGGGUAGCAAUAAUGAACCGAAAAUCGGCGACUUUGGCCUAACACGAGAGCUGGCGGUUAGCGAUUCCAGUAUGAAGGUCUCCCGCGUGUACGGUACUCGCCCGUACAUUCCACCGGAGUUCAUCUCGCAGCGGCAGCUGAGCACCAAGGUGGACAGUUACAGCUACGGGUUGGUCCUGUACGAGAUUUUCACCGGGCAGCGAGUGUACGACGAUAAGCGAGUGCCGAAGCAUCUGAAAGCCGUCAUUACAUCAGCGAUGCAGUCCAACGCGGAUAUACGCCAGCUGAUGGAUCCAGUUCUGUGGCGAUCGGCCGAUGUCCGAACCGUACCCAGCUGUACAAUGCUGUUGAAGACGGGGUUGUUUUGCACAGCAGAUGAACCGGAUAGGCGGAAAGAAAUGGUGGAGGUGUAUAAAUCGUUAGUGGAGUUCUUUGGUGAAUAAGAACAACUGAAUUGUAGCUUUAUUUUUUAUUUUUAAGGAGGGUUUGGGUUAUCACAGAACAGAUUUUAUUAUACAUUCAAAGACUAAAUUUAUUUAAUUAUGACUUCUUUGAAAUAGAACAAAAGAACAUUAGAUCAAA